AUAAAGGUAAAUGGUUGUGUUAAGGUCAGAUGACUGGAUGUUUGUGUGUGGGGUUUGUGUUGAUGAAAAAAUUGAUGAUUCAAAGCUAGUAAUUUUUCUAAUUUCCUCAGUUUUCUCACAAAGGAAACCCACAGUGAAGUACGACAAUGUCAUUAGAGUGUUAUCCAAAAGCUGAACGGUAGGAGGGCUAGGAGGAGUAUGAGGGAUUUUGAUUCUUUUUUAAGGGAGUAUGAUUUGAUUGACCCGCCUUGUUGAAUGCUUAAUUUACUUGGUCCAAUUUUCAGGAGGUGCUUUGAGAAUAUGUGGUUGGAUCACCCUUUCAUUCAAAAAGGAUUUUAAAGAGUGGUGGGCGAAUUGUAGGAUUCAAGAGUGGAAGGGUUUUAAGUUCAUGAAUAAAUUGAAAAUGGUCAAAUGAAAGUUAAAAGAAUGGAAUAAAGAGGUUUUUGGUUAUUUAAAGGCCAAGAAAAGUGAGAUUGAAAAAAGGUUUGAGGUUCUUGAUUGUCUUGAAUCUGGGGGGAAUUUGAUGAGGCACUUAGAAAGGAAAACUCGAAUUUGAAAAAGUAAUCUUUAGAGAAUCAGUUCAUCAGAGCCAUUUACUCGUGAUUGUUUUCUAUGGAAGGGAAUCCUAGAGCAGGGAUUGAGGGUCUUGAUUGGUGUCCAAAUUAUGUAUUCUUAUUCAAGAAGUUCAUUUAUGUGCUUCCUUUCUAGUUGUUAUAUCAUAUAUGGUCUCUGAUGUGAAAAAACUGUGUGCAUAUUUUGUAUUUCAUUUUUCUGCACAUUUGUAUGGAUAUAUAUAUCAAAUCAUUUAUCUCCUUUAUUUUUUACAGAAUCAGACUGGUAGCUGUUGCUACGCAGAAGUUUAUUGCAGAGGUUGCAACUGAUGCUCUUCAGCAAUGCAAGGCAAGGCAGGCAGCUGUAGUCAAGGACAAGAGGGAUAAGCAGCAAAAGGAUAAACGUUUAAUCUUGACAAUGGAGGACCUCUCCAAGGCUCUGCGUGAGGUAAGCACUUUAGUGCUUCAAGCAGUAUUGCUAUCAAGAGUCAAAUUUAUGCCAGCCAACCUCAAAAUGACAAUAUCAUGUGGGUGUUUGGGAAGUGGGUUUUUUUAUAAGUUUUUUUAGUUGUAGGAUAUUAUCGGAGAAAUUUUUUUUUGUAUUUGGGAAGAUAGUUGGGUUUUUUUGUGGUUAGAUGUGAUGUUUGUGA